AUGACGAGGCAGUUGACUCCCGGUGCUCGCCUGCAGGGCAAGGUGGCUAUUGUUACUGGUGGUGGUUCGGGCUUUGGUGCGGCGAUUGCCCGUCGAUUCGGCGAGGAGGGGGCUAAGGUGAUUAUUACCGAUAUCAAUGCUGAGGGAGGACAAAAAGUCGCUGCUCAGAAUCCGGAAAGUCUGGUCUUUCAACAGAUGGAUGUCACCAAGGCAGAGGAUUGGACGACCGUCAUGGAUUUGGCGUUUUCAAGAUUCGGAAGAUUGGAUAUCCUGGUGAACAAUGCCGGGAUAACGUAUCGGAACAAGCCAACGGCCGAAGUCACCGAAGAAGAAUGGGAGCGUGUCUUCAACGUGAAUGUUAAAGGAAUCUUCCUGGGCUCGAAGGCCUUGGUGACCCGCUUAAUGCAACAGGGUCAGGGCGGUUCGAUGAUCAAUAUUUCGUCUACUGGUGCAUCGCGGCCACGGCCAGGGUUGGUCUGGUACAAUGCCUCGAAGGGGGCGGUUUCGAAUGCUACGAAAGGUCUCGCAGCUGAGUAUGGUCCUCACAAUAUCCGCGUCAAUACCGUUAGCCCCCUUCUAUCAGGAACAGGCCUGUUUUCCAUGUUCACCGGUAUGCCUGAUACGCCUGAAAACCGGGAGAAGUUCAUCGGAAAUGUGCCGCUGGGCCGAUUGACAGACCCCGAUGAUGUUGCAAACAUGUGUCUAUACUUGGCUAGCGAUGAGGGUAGUUUCAUAAACGGAGCAGAGAUGAUUGUCGAUGGAGGGAAGUGUAUCUAG